CAUCAAACCGAAGACAAACCAGGUUGAAAAAUAAAAAACAAAAGCAUCGUCUUCGCUUUCUUUUACCGGAAAAGCAUAACUUUCACCGGAAACUAAGAAAGGUUCUGUGUUUAGGGUUCUGGGCAGCUCGUUCUUACGCUUUAAAUUAAAGAGGACUAGGGAAGAAGAUGAUCGGGGUCGGGAAAAUGAAGCAGUACUCCAACGUACUUGACAAGCCUCUCAGCAAAGGCAAACAAGAGGUUAGCUUGACCGCAUUUGCUUUUUUAUUCUCUGAGCUCGUUCAGUAUAAUCAAACCCAGGUUGACAAUAUAGCUGAACUUGAAAGAAGACUAGAGGAUGCUGGGUAUGCUGUUGGAUCUCGAGUUCUGGAGCUUCUUUGCAACCGGGAGAAGGGCAACCGAAGAGAGACUCGGUUACUGGGAAUUCUAUCUUUCGUCCACAGUACAGUCUGGAAGGUAUUGUUUGGAAAGGUUGCUGAUUCACUUGAAAAAGGAACAGAACAUGAAGAUGAAUAUAUGAUCAGUGAAAAGGAGCUUCUCGUCAACAGGUUCAUUUCAAUUCCAAAAGACAUGGGAACAUUCAACUGUGGGGCUUUUGUUGCCGGCAUAGUCAAGGGAGUUCUGGAUAACGCAGGGUUUCCUGCUGUGGUAACGGCUCAUUUUGUACCCAUUGAAGGACAACAACGUCCUCGGACAACCAUUUUGAUCAAGUUUGCUGAUGAGGUGCUUAAAAGAGAGGCACGGCUAAGCCAAUGAGAGAGCUCUUUCUGUCACUAAGUUGCUAUGAUCUGGAAACUAUUGGCUUUAUGUGAACUGCUUGUGCAAAUCUACUGUCUGUUUUUUUUUAUGAUUAUAAUUACAUUUUGAAUUAGAGCUGCAGAGCCAUUGUCCGUGAAUUUGUAAACAGCAUACAUAACCAUCUUGUUACAUAUUGCAGCUUAUACAAGUUUCCUAGUUUUAACAA